AUGGCAAUCACUAAUCUCUUAGCUACCAGCAAUGCCAUCAGAGUGGAUGGUGUCAACUUAUUCUCCUCUUUCCCUGGCAAACCUAACUUCUUAUUGGAUCGUCGUUUGUCACUGACUUCUCGUAAAGUCCAAACUUGUUGUUGUUAUGGUGAGACGUUGUUGAAACCUAUGACACAUAUUACCAUGCAUGAGACAGAAACAACUGGUGUUAGUGAUGGACUUGGAAUCAUCAGUUUCUUGAAAGGGAAAAGUUAUCUCGUUACUGGCGCAACAGGGUUUCUUGCUAAAGUGCUGAUUGAGAAAUUGUUAAGGGCAAGUCCCGAGAUUGGGAAGAUCUUUCUUUUGAUAAAAGCCAAUGAUCAAGAAUCAGCCAACAAGAGGCUCUAUGAUGAGAUCAUAAGCUCGGAUCUGUUCAAGCUUCUGAAGCAAAUCCACGGUAGCUCUUAUGAAGACUUCAUGAAGAGCAAGUUGAUUCCAGUAAUUGGAGAUAUUGCACAAGAAAAUCUAGGGUUCGACUCUGAAAUAGCAGCCAUGAUUAGUGAUGAGAUUGAUGUCAUUAUUGGCUGUGGAGGUCGCACAACGUUUGACGACAGAAACGACCUUGCUUUAAAUGUCAACGCCCUUGGACCUGGUCGGCUCUUGAGAUUUGCCAAGGACUGCAAAAAACUGAAACUUUUUCUCCAUUAUUCAACUGGUAAGAGUUUAUAUCUUUGCGAGAUAGUUUAUGUUACGAAAAGUUUCCAAACUUGCUUUGUCUCCUUGUUAAUAGCUUACGUGACUGGCAAGAAAGAAGAUAAAGUACCAGAGACUACUCUCUCAAUUGGAGGAAACAUAACUUCUGACUUGAACAUCGAAUUUGAACUGAAAUUAGCUUCAGAAGCUGUAAGAAUGUUCCAUGGCAGUGAAGAAAUAAAAAAACUGAAAGAACUUGGUAUGGAAAGAGCUCAACAAUAUGGAUGGGAAAACACUUACACAUUCACAAAAGCCAUGGGUGAGUCUAUAAUUCACAGCCAAAGAGGAGAUCUCCCUGUAGUGAUCAUAAGGCCGAGUAUUAUCGAAAGUUCAUACAAGGAGCCUUUCCCUGGCUGGCUCCAAGGAAUCAGGAUGAGUGCUCCAUUAAUCUUGGCCUAUGGAAAAGACCACAUCCCUCACUUGCUGGGAGAUUAUCAAUCUUACUGGGAUAUGAUACCUGUUGAUAUGGUUGUGAACGCAACUAUAGCAGCCAUGGCAAAGCACGGUUGUGGUAAUGUACCAGAGCUCAAACUUUACAAUGUCACUUCAACAUCUCAUCCAAACCCCUUGCGACUUGGCGAGUUGAUGGACUUCUCUCAACAACAUCUGCGUGACUCUCCAUUGAGAGAAACAACUAAAGACUUAGAUUGUAUAAAAUUCCACAGUUCUAUAGAAAGUUUCACCUCUUCCGUAUCCAACACUAUAGUAAAAAAAGAAAGAGAGGCCAAGAAUGGAGAAGGAGAAGCAGAGCCACAUACCACAUUGACCAUGAAGGGCAAGAGGAAGCUAAAGUAUUUUGAGUCCCUAGCAAAAAUAUAUCAGCCUUACUUAUUCUUUCAAGCUUGGUUUGAUGACACCAAUACAAGGAGUCUGAUUCAGGAGAUGUCAAUGGAAGAGAUAAAAAUGUUUGGGUUCGAUGUAAGAUGCAUUGACUGGAAGAAUUACAUUGUCAACGUUCAUCUUGAAGGUAUCAAAAGAGUGGAGGGAGCUUGGGUGAUGAAUGUGAUCAGCUCUGUUGGCAUCAUCAUGGCUAACAAACAGCUCAUGUCUUCUUCUGGUUUCGCCUUCAGCUUCAGUUCGUCUCGGAUCCCUCUCUCUUAUUAUCUCAUUUCCUUUUUUGAGAUCUGA